UUCUGAAUCAGACUCAAAGCAAACACUCCUUUAUGUAAACGGCGAUAAGAUUUAAAGUUUGUGGUACAUUGAACAUAGGCGCACAUUAGAAACUGUGAGUCUGUGAACCUAAUUCCUUGUUGCUUGGUUAUACAACGCCGGCGAGACUAUUGUGCGCAUACCAAUGACGAUGAUGAAUUCUGGAAGAACAAGUGAAGUUGUUCAGAAUGGAGGAAUGUUAAGCAAAGAACAGCUGAUUUAUUUGUUCAGUCGUUUCUCUUAUCUCACAUCCCAGCCUGGUUUUGUUGUUGUAGAUGUGAAGAAAAGGAUUUCAGACGCUGUGAAAGAUAAACAGGAAGCAGUUGAUAUUACCACAGCCAGCCAAGAAGAAAUACUUAAUGAUAUGGGUGUUGAUCCAAGGUUCGGCAUUGCUUGUUUGGGAAAAGUAAGCCAUGUUUAUGAGAAUGACCAGGAUUUGAUGAUCAAGUUUUAUGGUUUUGUUGCAAAGGAAGAAAUUGUUUGUGAUGAAGCUGAGCUUGAACCUGAUGAAUUGGCCGAGAAAAUGCAUUUCCAACACAAGCUACAAGAACAGCAAUUACAGAUGCUGAAGCAUAUGCGCAAAUUUCACCCAGACGACCAGUCUGAGAUUCUUGAAAAGCUGCGCAAGCAGAUGGAGAAUGCCAAAUUUGAUAACAAUGCAGCAGUUCUUACAUCGAGCCAGAUUCAGGAGAUCAUUAGAAAGAAAUCAUCGUUACCCUUCACUAACGCUAGGUAGCUACCUCACAGUAGGGGACCUGUUUAUUCUAUCUGCAAAAUUUUCCUCUUUAUCCAUUCUAGGAUUUAUCUACCUUUAAGGUGAUCUUCUUGUAACUGUAACAGUGCAACAAUGCUCACAAUCAUAAGCCACUGUGACUUUGUAAAAUUACUUCCAUUGUCAAGGAUGAUGCAAUGUUGUAUUUUUAUUCAUGUA